AUUUUUUCCAAAAGCUUAAUCUAUCAAUGAGUAAUAACCCAAUUAAUUAAUAUUAAUUUAGUGAUGCUCAAUGUGAGUAACAAUCAUGUAAAUUAAGCAAGAAUAAUUUUAUAUAAGUGUAUCAAGGAGACGUACUCAGUUGGAUUUGAGAGAGGUUGCCUUACGGCAAGGGCUCUAUACAAGAUUGGAACAUCGGAAUAAGCUAAUUAAGAUGAAGGAAAAUAACUUGUGGGAAGUGUUUUCAGUUGCUUCACAGAAAAAGCUUCCUUGUCCCUGAAGAAACUACUUGAGCGGCGAUCGAUCCAGAGGCAAGAAUAAUGGUAUAACCCUAGAGUUAGAACUUCAAACAACUAGGAAUCUGGAAUUCUGCAUGAAAGCUGCCUUUCGUUUCAAGAAAUUAAGCUCUGUCCUCCUUCGAAUAUAUCAGUUCAACUCAUGUUAUUUUCUGUUUUUCUACUGCAAUAUAUUAAUUUGAUCCAUGGAAAACAGCCAAGACAGGAAACGGCCAAUGGACGACGAAGAGAGAAAGCAAGCCGCUGCCAGGAGGGUUCCUUUUGCUGAUCUUGAUCAAGUUCAUUCCGAUUUUGCUAUUGCAGUAGCUUUGCAGGAGCAGGAUAGGGCUUUCAAUACUCUAACAAGCAUCGAAAGCGAUAGCGAAGACGAAGAAAUUGAUGAAGAUUCAAGCGAAGAAAACAAUGGAAAUGAUUAUGAAUUCUUUGAAACCCAAGAUUUGGAAUUUCUUGAAGGACAUGAUAGCAACAGCGACGAAGAUAUGGAAGAAGACGAAGAAGAAGAAGACGAUAUUGAUCUCGACGAGCUAUCCUACGAAGAGCUGAUAGCUCUGGGAGAGUUCAUAGGAGAAGAGAAGAGAGGACUAUCGAAGGAAGAAAUCUGGAAAAGCUUGCGGCCAUGCAAGUACCAAGAAUGUGUAGAGAAGAGAAGUGGGAUUGAUAGAUGCGUGAUUUGUCAAGUGGAAUACAAAGGAGGUGAAUCUUUAGUAGCUCUUCCUUGUGAUCAUCCUUACCAUUCUGAAUGCAUUACCAAUUGGCUUCAAAUCAAGAAGCUUUGCCCCAUUUGCACCUCUGAAGUUUCUUCAACCAACAAUAUUUGCUAGGGUUGUCGAUUAAUUAUUUUAUUAUAAUAAUUAAUUUGAAAUAUGUUGUUAAUAUGUCAACAUUUCUUAAUUCAAUUGAAAUAUUACUGUACUAAUAUUUACUUAAUUAGAAUUUAUUUUUACAUUAA